AAUAAUAACGGCCUCAAGCUACGUGUGUCAAAACAGACCAAUCAGUCACUAUGGCUAUCGCAUUCUUCAGCGUUCAUCAUUUCCUCAGUGUUAUACUGCUUCUUACUUCAACGGCCAUUCAAGCUGCAGCCAUAUUCAACGCCGAUAUUACUACUCAGUCUGAAUAUCUCAACCGUUCAGCUUUCCCACAAGGUUUCAUUUUUGGGACCGCAUCUUCUUCUUACCAGGUGGAAGGUGCAGCAAAUGAAGGUGGCCGAGAACCAAGUAUAUGGGAUACUUUCACUCAUAAAUAUCCAGGUAAGAUAUAUGACGGAAGUAACGGAGAUGUAGCCGUUGAUGAAUAUCAUCAUUAUAAGGAAGAUGUUGAGGCCAUGAAGGAUAUGAACAUGGAUGCUUAUAGAUUCUCAAUCUCUUGGUCCAGAAUACUACCAAAGGGAAGACUUAGUGGAGGUGUGAACAAGGAAGGAAUAAAUUAUUAUAAUAACCUCAUCAAUGAGCUGCUAGCCAAAGAUAUUCAGCCCUUUGUCACAAUUUUUCAUUGGGACCUUCCACAGGCCUUAGAAGAUGAAUAUGGUGGCUUUUUAAGCCCUAAGAUAGUGAAUGAUUUUCAGGACUAUGCUGAGGUUUGCUUUAAGGAGUUUGGUGAUAGAGUGAAGCACUGGAUUACACUCAAUGAGCCAUGGUCCUACAGCAAUCAUGGCUACGCAAAAGGAAGUUAUGCGCCAGGAAGAUGUUCGGCCUGGCAGAACCGUAGCUGCACCGGUGGAGAUUCAGGCACUGAACCCUAUAUUGUGACACACCAUCAGUUACUAGCUCAUGCAGUUGCUGUUAACAUCUACAAGACUAAGUAUCAGGCAUCUCAGAAGGGCUUGAUAGGCAUAGCGCUGAAUUGUUACUGGAUGGUGCCAUUACAUGAUACAGAAUUGGAUAAACUUGCUGCACAGAGAGCCCUUGAUUUCAUGCUUGGAUGGUUUAUGGAGCCAAUGACAAAAGGAGACUACCCAAGCUCCAUGCGGUCUCUGGUGGGAAGUAGGUUGCCAAAGUUCUCUUCAUAUCAAUCAUGGCUUUUAAGAGGGUCCUUUGAUUUUAUUGGAUUAAACUACUACACCUCGUACUAUGCUGCUGAUGCACCAGAACUAAGUAAAGCGAAGCCUAGCUUUCUCACAGAUUCUCUAGUUGCUCUUACAAAUGAGUAUGAUGGAAUACCUAUUGGUCCAAAGGGUGCUUCAGAUUGGUUGUCUGUUUAUCCAGAAGGGAUUCGCAACCUUUUGUUCUAUUUCAAAUCAAAUUAUAACAACCCUUUGAUCUACAUCACUGAAAAUGGCAUAGAUGAACUCAAUGAUCCAACACUAGCACUUGAGGAAGCCCUUGCAGACAAAACAAGAAUUGAUUACUAUUCUAUUCAUCUACAAUAUAUUCAAACUGCAAUCAAGGGUGGCGUGAAUGUAAAAGGAUAUUUUGCAUGGUCAUUGAUUGACAACUUUGAAUGGGAUCAUGGCUACACUGUGAGGUUUGGAAUCUACUUUGUAGAUUACGAAAAUGGUCUGAAAAGACAUCCAAAAAAGUCAGCUAUUUGGUUUAAGAAUUUACUACAACGUGAAGUACCUACAUAUAGUAAUUUGCGCUAAGAAUUCGAACAAUUCAUUUAUAAUGUGCGUCUUACAUAAGUAUCAAGUAUGUUUACUGUGAGAAAUAUGGUUCAAUGGUUAUCAUGCUUAUUCUCUUCACUAAAUAUCUAGUGUUAGAGUAUAAUUAUGAUCAAUUAGAUCAAUUAACAUUAUUUAGUAUAUCUGAAUAUUUAUUAUAAGAUAUUACGUCUUUAUUAUUUCCUUUCUCUUAGCACCUAUAAAUAUCCUUCUAUAUUGUAUCAUUCUAUACAACUUGAAUACACACAAAUUUUUUCUCUACUGCUCUCUCUUACCUUUUCUAACAUCUAGAAACACUAAUGUUACCAGGGUUUGUAAUGCCAAAUGUUAUACUGCUUCUUCUUCUUCUUGAGUUUUGAUUUCUUCACAAACACAACAUCAUUUGGUUCAAGUUCAAUUACCUUCUCUCCUGCUAUUCGAGCUGCGCUGAAAUUUCCUUGAACUGAGCUAGCAUUCAGUAAUGAACUCUGAUCCAUAUAGCAGCAUCAAGGUUUUCCCUUUGCUUUCUCGAAGUAACCUGCUCUGUCAAAAAGAUUCAAGCCAUCCAUAAUGCUCAAUCUUUGGCUUUAAACCACAAACUACCUAGUACCUAUCUAACUACAAGUAGUUAAAACUGACAGUAGUAUCGCCACAUUCGGGGUAAUCACUGAUUCGAACCUGCGUGAAGAAACCUCCAAAUUAAGGAAAGCAUGGCGUCCUUCACUUCACAAUGGGAGGCAUACCCUGAUAUCAUUGUUGUUCAUGAAAGCAGGUCCCUACUCAAGAUGUCAUCAAUUAUCCUUUCAGACUAAGUCUAUGUUGGGUACAUAACUACAUAUACAUCACAGCUUUAUUUAUUGUGAUCACCAUGAUUAAAUCUGCAGCAUAAGGAUUACUUUUCCCAUCAGCAUAGAUUAGUCCAAGAAAACAAAUCUCUGAUGCCCGUCUACUCAAAAACUAAUGCAGCCGCUCCAAUCUUCCCAUUUCUGCAGUGCAUGUCAAUCAGAGAAUUGCUCAUUGACUGGUUGAAGAUCUUUGUUUGUUCCGAUUUUCCAACAUCCUUCUAACUUUAAAGAAACUUGCUUGCCAAAAGUCGUUUAAGUUGUGUUUGUGUAGUUCAUCAAAAAGUGGAUGAUGAUUCCUCUUGUUUAUAUGGAAAAUUUUACGCUGGACUGGGUAUAAGAUACCAGUAAAACAUUCAAGUUUUUUUUCCCUCAUAUUUAUACAUAUUAAUUUUCAAUAAUUCUUCCCUUUUUUAUGUCCUAUCUAUUUCCAAAUCCAAUGAGUGAAUUGUUCACUUUCCUUACAUUCACCUUUUCAGUUUAACUCUUAGAAAUUGAUAAUUAAAACACUAAUGAAAAAACAGAAUAGCAUUGAAGAAAAAUUCAUUUUCUUUCACUUGUAGAAGGUUGGUAAAUUCAGAAGCAUAAGACACAAGGACUUCUUAUAUGCCAUGUGAACCAAGAAAAGAAAAAUUUUCUAAGGCACACUACACAAAGCACUUUUUCUGGCUUAUUAUAUGUUUCAUCACACUAAAAGAGUUAAUUGCCAAACUUUGAGAAAUUAUUCAUAUACUCAUUCUCCCCCAAAAGAUGAGUAUAUCUAUCUCUCCUCAAUUUACAAAAUGCUAAAAGCUGGAUUCUUCUCCUGAGCAUAAGUAUAAACCUUCUGGAACCUAACAUAGUAUGUUUCAAUGUUGUCACCAAUGGCCA